CGGAGCCUUUGUAAAAACGAUCGUCCAGAAUGAGGCCGAUGCCAGGCAGCGCAUACUCCGGGAUAUCACCGUUAAGUUCCCCAAAAUAAAGUUACAGAGAAUAGGUACGUAACAAAACCACCGCUGCAUGAUAAAGCUGCGAACUAGUGGAUCAGCAGCAUGCAUUUAAAGGGGUGAAACGGACAGGUAGAUGUAACGAGGUCACGAAAAUGCUGCUGUAAACUUCACUGAAAAUAAAUUGAUGCCGUCGGGUUAUUGUGAAGGAGCGCAUACCUGAAACGGUUAACUGCAGGUUCCAGAUGGCGUGGAAAAUUGAUUCACAUUUCAGGCGUGGGUGUAACAUAAAGAAGGUAACUUUAUAGUUUGAUAUCGAUCACAUAACGCGCUUCUUUUGUUAGCAGUGCGUGUCUCUUUGUGUCUCUGCUGUUGGCCACACACUGAUUUAUAUAACCCCACCCCCCAUUCUCUCUGUGGGAUACUACUACAUCUGUCCUUUCAAGUUGUCUUUGUGUUAGCUGCGUUGAGAAAUCUGGAGAAAUUAUAAAGUUAAUGGACAAUGGAGACAUUUAAGGAGCAGCAGAAACAAGCACAGCGAGCAGGAAACACAGUAUUAUCCCAGUUAUAUUUUCCCAGUGCAGUAGUGUGUUUAUUUCUAACAUGACUGCUCUGAAACUUCAACUGUAUUCAUGUAAUCAGUACACGGUACUCAGUUUGUUCAGGUCCCAGUUGUCCCUUAAGAGGGUCGUUGACCCACUAUUCAUCAUGUGAGCCAAGGUGUCAAAAAAGGGUGUAGGUCGCUAUCGGCAGAGACUUCGGGUGAAACCAUCGUGGGACCUCGCCUUGCCCUAUCAUGUGACUUAUUUAGAUCAACUGACAAGAUGUGAGUAGGGGUUGAGGUGCCUGGGAAGGGAUCUCAAAACUGGGUUGUAGGUAGCAGACAGUUGGUGUCGUAAGCCCCGCCCUCUGUUCAAGGAUGGUUUCUUUCACUCCUCUUUCAAACCAUCUGUUUUCACUGUCCAAAAUGUGGACAUUGGCAUCCUCAAAAGAGUGACCUUUGACCUUUAGAUGCAGAUGUACAGCCGAGUCUCGUCCUGUCAAGGUGGCUCUUCUAUGUUGUGCCAUGCGUUUAUGCAGUGGCUGUUUAAUUUCUUCAUUGCAGAGGUCUGAGCUCUCCGAGUUGCACUCCACAGCAUACACUGUGUUGCUUAGCUUGUGUUUGGGAUGAACCAGUUUGUGUAUGAGUGUGUGGCUCGUUGGUGUCUGACCUUCUUUACUCUGCAUCUGUGCUGGUUGGAUGAAGGCCCAGCUGGGAUAACCACACAUUUUGAAAGCUUUGUUGACGUGUGUGUUCCAUUUCUUUGCCUUCUGCCCUGGGCUUGUUUUCUGCCCAGUGUUGUAGGGUCCAAGUUUGUGUUCCAGACGGUGGUGGGAGUCAAAGAGGAGGUAGUGGUCUGUGUGUGUGGGCAGCAGCUAUACUGCCGCAGCGUCCUCUGUUGUUGUGGUUGUGUCACAUACAAAUGACAUCACAGGACUUGCAGUUGCGUUGCUAUGACGUCCGACACACAUUGAGGUGGUAUUUAGUAGAUAUGGCACGAUACCACUUUUUUAUGUCCAAUACCGAUACCGUUAUCAUAAAUUUGGAUAUCUGCCGAUACCGAUAUGAAUCCGAUAUAGUGUUUUUUAAUCAAUAAAACUGUUUUUUAAUAUCUUGCUGCAUUUUGUAAAAGUUCAUACUCAAGUUUAAAUAAACAACAACACUAAAUAUAUUCUGUUAUACCUGUGUGUAAAAAAAAAAAAAACAAAAAAAAAAAAAAAAAAAAAAAAACAAAACACUGCGGCCAAAAUAUUUCAUAGUUCAGAAACACUGAUCAAUCUAAUAAACUUAAACCUACUCCAUCCUCCCUAUUCUGGUAUUUUAAAGAGUACUUAGCAGAAAUAUUAAGCAACCUAACUAAUAGGGUUGCAAACUCCCAGCAAAAGAAAAUGGGGAACCACCCCCCCACCCUCCACCUCAUGAUGCUUAAUCAAUGUAAUCAACUUUAAUUUGAUGCAGGGUGCACAGAAAUAAAUUAUUUUUCAAGAAUAAUUAAAUAGAUUCAACAUCUUUCUUCAACAGAAUUGCAGAAUUCACAGAUGGUACUUUCCCAAAGGAAAAAGUACUAUAGCUCACUAGGGUAUAUUAGACUUAACAGUUAAUAUAUACAGUAAUGGACUUCUAUACAUUUUACAUCAGAUUAAAACUUUGGGUGUAAGAUUCAGAUAAUUAUUUAUUAAAAGCUAGACAUUUUAAAUGAGAAUAAGAAAGAUAAGUAUGUCUUUGUGCCCCCUUUUCCCUGUUCAUGCCCUAUCGGCCCCCCUGGCUAAACUUUGCUAGAUCCGCCCCUGCACAGUUACCAGCCGUCAGCUACGUAGAAAAGGAUCCUGGUGUAGAAAGUAAUAUUAAAUAAAUUCUAACAACAGCUUAUCAAGCUUAAACGUGCUGCUGUUGUUCCGCCGCUGGUUUCCUCUUUCUGGUGCAAAGUGGGCCAAAAACAAAGAAGAGAGACGGACUCCCGACAGAAAAUGUCUUAGGUGAUGAGGAGUGGACGCUGGCGCGUUUGGCUGCCGCUGCUCCCCUCUGCAUACAUCUAUACUUACUGCUUAGUAUAGUUACAAAAGUUUGUUUGUUUUGUUCUCUGAAUCUACUGUCUCCCAGGUAAAGUGCUUCCCUGCCUGACCUCUUUGGCCGGUGUGCUUUGGACACAUUUACUGUCAGCUGUUAGCAUCAGCUGUUAGCAUCAGCUGUUAGCAUCAGCUGUCAGCAUCAGCUGCGCUGUCUUUGGAUAGCCGGUAUUACAUCAUGACUACUGCUAAGUAGAGCAGGGCGAUAUGACCAAAAAUAUUUAUCACGAUAUACAUUUGAAAAUUUGCGAUAACGAUAUAACUGACGAUAUAAUUGACACUAGACAAAAUACUUUACAACUCCACAACUUUAUUAGUGCAAAAAACCCCAUCAAUGUAUUUUCACUUAAACAAGCAGCUGUUUUUUAUGUGCAUUAAAGUUAUAUAAAAAUGUAACAGUGCAAAUUCCUUGCUGACAGUUUAACCAAAAGGCAUUUCCAGUGGAAACUGGCCGACAUGUCCUCAGCAUAACCAUGUAUAACAUCCACAAAACUUAAAAAGAGGUUAUACACACACAAUACGGUAAUAUUAUGUUGAAGCACAGUACGUAUCACUCCGCGAGGCUCCUGCCUACGAUAGCCGUAAUGCUCCGACAAUCCAUCAAGCGGUUCGUAGCUUAGCAAAGUCGUACUAAAACAUUUGACAGAUUUUCGAGCGCCGUGUAGCACAUAAAAUCGUUUUGAGGUCAGUAAACACAACCAGAAUUCAUACAUAAGGCCCACGGGAUUAUAAGGGGCACUGUCGAUUUUCAGAAAAAUCAAAGGAUUGAUUUAAAGUGUGCCGUAUUUUCCAAACAACACGGUAAUAACGACGGCCCGCUACCAUGCUCUACCAAAAAUAGUGCUUUGUUGUGUAUCUGACGGACGAAAGCUAAACCAGUUCUACACCACUGAGGUUGCAGCAUUUUUACAAACCAAUUCUGGUUCAUCCGUUUCAUUCAACAAUCCACUUUUGCUCUUCUCAUUCUGCGUCGCUGCCAUGUGCGUAUGUAAACAUAGGCACUGCGCAUGCGCGUUUUACCCAUAUUCUAUCGCGAUAUUUCAUUUUCCUAUCGUUGCCCAAAAUUACACCGGUAUUAUCGUGAACUGUAUGAUAUAGCCUAGCCCUACUGCUAAGUUGCUGCUCCUCCGGGCUCUUCUCCUCCGGGUUUGUUCUGCAGUCCAUACUCCGGCCCGUCUCCUCCACGCUGAGGUACUCGACAUCAGAGCUACUCUUCCUGCGCUUCCAGCACCUCUCGACCUUUCCGCCAGCUUCACUGCUACACCCUGCGAUCGCCUGGCGCCCGCGUCGAAAGUAUAUCCACCGCGGAUCCAGACGGAAUUACAGGAUUGACAGCAGGAAUUCGAUACCAUCCCUGUGGUCAUCUCACCGCCGCUCCGCUAGGAAGCCUGGUGGACGGACUGCUGACCCUAGUGUGCUUGCUAGCCCUGCCCGGUCGGUUUGCAAAGCUUGCGGUGACUAUCCCGUUUCCGUCGGAUUGCUUAAUGUCCGAUCCCUCUCCAACAAGGGACCUCUUGUUUAUGAUCUUCUUAAUGAUCAUAAUCUGGACUUUCUUUGUCUGACGGAGACCUGGCAGCGUCCAAAUGAUUUUGCCGAUCUCAACCUGACUACUCCGCCUGGAUUUGUUUACACCUGCCAGCCCCGUGUGACGGGAUGUGGGGGUGGCCUUGCGAUCCUGUACAACAGCAAGUACAAGAUCUUCCACAACAUGUCUACAAUACGGAGGUUCUCACAGACCAGCAGCUCUGCAAUGAGGAGAGCAUCUCCAGUUUGGACCAGGAGGAAACGGUUCCUCUGCUGAUUAAAGAGGAACACGAGGAACACUGCUUCACUGAGAAUGAAGAACAGCUUUUACUGAAGCAGGAAACUGACACCUUCAUGGUGCCUUGCACUAAUGAGGAAAGUGAUGAUAAUGAACCCGAAAUAAGUUCUGACCAGUUCAUCUGUCACAGCUCUCCUGGAUCUAAGAAUCAUUACCAGGAAGUAGACAACCGUGUGGACACCAGCACAAAGCUGAAGCCAAAGAAGAGACAACACGGAAACAAAGACCACUAUGCAUGCAAGGAGGACAUUUUCGAUGACAAAUGGCUCUUUAACCUGGAGAAUAAAUCUGGUCUGAACCAGCAGGACCUAGGACUUCUACAAAUAAAAGAGGAAGAGGAGGAACUCUUCACAAAUCAGGAGGGAGAGCAGCUUGUACUGGAGGGAGAGCAGCUUGUACUGGAGGGAGAGCAGCUUGUACUGGAGCAGCAAACCAAUCCCUUCAUGAUCUCUUCAGUUUUUGAGGAACAGAGUUCCUGUAAAGAAGAGCCAAACAGCCAGCUUCUUUCUCACGACUCUCUAUGCCAGGGAAGAACAGAUGAGAAACCAUAUUCUUGUAACACCUGUGGGAAGACAUUUAAAUACAUUUCAACAUUGAAAGUACACACGAGCAUUCACACAGGUGAGAAGCCUUUCUCUUGCGACGCAUGUGGGAAAAGAUUCAGGAGAAAGGAUAACAUGUUGGUCCAUGUAAGAACUCACACCGGUGAAAAGCCUUUUGCCUGUAACAUCUGUGGGAAAGCAUUUAGUGACAGAUCAAAUCUGAUAUGUCACAUUAGAUAUCACACAGGUGAGAAGCGACAUUCUUGCGAAACUUGUGGGAAGAGAUUUUAUCAUAAAGGCAAUUUAACUGUGCACAUGGCAACGCAUACAGGUAUAAAACCUUACCACUGCAACACUUGUGGAAAAAGAUUUAUCCGCUUGGAAAAGUUGAAGAGCCACAUAAGCACUCACACGGGUGAAAAGCCAUAUUCUUGUGAAGCAUGUGGGAAAAAUUUCAGAAGACGUGACAAAGUACUGAACCACAUGAGAACCCACACAGGUGAGAAGCCCUAUCCCUGCAAGAUCUGUGGGAAACCGUUUAGGGACGCGUCAAAUUUGAUACGUCAUGUUAGGUUUCACACAGGUGAGAAGCCAUAUUCUUGUGCCACGUGUGGAAAAAGAUUUACACAAAGCGGUAAUUUGACUGCCCACAUGAAAACUCACACACGUAUAAAGCCUUAUCAAUGCAACGCAUGUGGGAAAAAAUUUACCUGCUUAUCAAAGUUGCAAAGGCACACAAGAACUCACACAGGUGAGAAGCCGUAUUCUUGUAAAACAUGUGGAAAAGGUUUUGUCCAAAUGAGGGAUUUAACUGUCCACAUAAGGACUCACACAGGUGAUAAGCCCUAUUCCUGUGUAACCUGUGGUAAAAGCUUCAGUCAGAACAGUCAUUUGAAUGUCCACAUGAGAACUCACACAGGUGAAAGGCCAUAUUCUUGCAAAACUUGUGGUAAGACUUUCAGUCAAAAUAGUCAUUUGACUGUCCACAUGGGGUCUCACACAAGUGAGAGUUCUUGCAAAACAUUUGGAGAAGUUUUUACUCAAAGUGGUGGGAGUGUUCACGUGAAAAAUCACACAGCUGAGAGGCAGCACCUUUGCAAAUCUCCCGGCAAAGGUUUCAGUUCUGUGACGGAUCAAACAAGAAUCCACAUGGGUGAGGGGAUGAAAUUUAACGAAACUACAACAAGAUGUGGUCAAAGUAGUGACUGACAGUGUACACAAAAAGUUGCACAAGUGAGAGGAAGUAUGUUUGUAAAACCUGCAAGAAGAGGUUCAUUCCAUGAGGUUCAAUGCCACCAUUGUCAAAGCAUAUAAAACUGCAAAAUGGUGAAGAUGUCAAAGUAAUUGUCACUGAAACAUUGAUACAAAUCACAUGGCAAAGAGAAAUUGUAUUCAAAUAAUUAUGUCACAUGUUAUUAAGAAAUGGUCGGGGAGAGAUGCAUCGUCAGAAACAGGAAAUGUGUCAAGAAGCCAAUCGAAGGAAAGCGGGGAGAAAAUCCUCCACAAGUCUUAUGGAGCGAUAGGUCCAAAUGUGAAAAAUUCAGCUUGCUAGUGUGUAUGAAGAAGGUCAAGAAGAGACAACAGUGAGUGUUUUACAGCCAUCGUUAAACACAGUGGGGACUCUGUUUUGGUUUGGAGCUGCAUUUCAGCCACUGAUGUUGGCAGUCUUGUCAAAACUGAUGAAAUUAUGAACCUAUUAAAGAAGUGUCUGUGCAUCUGUAAAGCUGUAAAGUGUCAGCAUGACACUGGGCCUCAUUUACUAAUGUUUACGUAGAAUUACUCUGUGUAAUACAAAAAAAAAAGUUCCCAAGCAAAAUUAUUGUUGGAUUUAUAAAACAUACAACCGGCCUAUUUAGUUCUUACUGCUUAUGUUAAUAAAUCUGAAGUGUUUGGAAUCAACAGCCUUGUAGAAUCUCCAUACAGUUUGCAUACUAUCUGCAGACUGACCCGCCCCAAUUUUCUACAUAAGGAUGCAUUUCCCUCCAGAUGAAGUGGAGAAAGUGGUGAUGAUGUGGUAAAGAGAGAAGAGAGAAGCCUGCACCUCUAGGCAGGAAAUAAGGAGAGUGUGACUGUACAAAAUUAAAUAAAAAUGUCUGAGGUCCAAGGUGGAAGCUUUCCAAAGUGUUUCCACGGGAGUGAUGACUUUUUAAAGAUAAAUAAAAAGCGAUACUGAGUCUGAAAUAGCAGGAGUUCAUUUCUUCUGAAACACUUAUUGUCGCUCAAGUAAGAAAGAAAAUUUGAAAAAGGCGCUAUGACUAACAGACAAAAGACUAACAGACGGAGGACAAGGACCACACGGCGUAAUCUGUCAGCCUCAUAUGAGAAGCUCACUGCAAUGAAAACAGAAAAUCCAGAUUCUUCAGCAUCAAGGGUGUAGUACCAAAAAUAUAUAUAUUGUAAAUGAUCACAUCCAGCAAUGGUAGAAGUCAUUUUCAGUGGAAAAAUAAGAACUUUUAAGAAACAAUAAAACACAGAUUAAUGGAAUAUUUUUAAAUUAAUAGAUGAGGCUGUGGAUGCUGCCCGCCACUCUGUUGUGGUAAAGACGGGUUUGGUGUUCCCUCAAAUAAGCUGGAGGAGGUAGCAGGGUUGAGGGAGGUCUGGGCUGCUCUGCUUAGGCCUGUGCCCCAUGACCCUGUCCCACAUAAGUGGAAGAAAAUGAGUGGAUGAAGGUUGACUCCCACACCUCUUUGCAUCCAUAUAUUUUUUGUUUGUUUGUUUGCGCUUAUCCGGGGUCGCGGGGGGCAGCAGCUCCCUCUCCCCAGCCACCUCCUCCUAAUCUCUUUAGGAUUCCUGGGUCUGCCCCUCUGUCUCACCAAGGAGGCGCUGCCCUUACCACCUGAACUGCCGCCUUUCAAUAUGGAGGUGUAGCAGCUUUACUCUGAGCCCCCCCCGGAUGGCCGAACUCUUCACCCUUUCUCUAAGGGAGAAGCCAGCCACCCUUUGGAGAAAGCUUAUUCCGCCAUCAAAGCUUGUGACCAUAGUUGAGGGUUAGGGACGCAGACCAUUACGAACAGGUACAGCGUCCACAUCACUGAAGCCGCAGCACCAAUCUGUCUGUCGAUCUCACGUUCCCCUCUCCCCAAGACUUCAAUACUUAUACUCCUCUCCUUGGGGCAGAGUGGGCAAUCCACCCUUUCCAGCUGAGGACCAUGUCCUCGGAUUUGGAGGUGCUGAUUCUCAUUUCCACUGCUUCACAUUCAACUGCAAACCACUCCGGUGCAGGCUGGAGGCCCCCACCUGAUGAAUCCAGCAGAACCACAUUAUCUGCAAAAGCAGAAUGAGAUUCUGAGGCCGCACAAGUGGAAGCCUUCUGCCACUUGGCUAUUCCUAGAAAUUCUGUUCAUAAAAAUUAUGAAUGGAAUCACUGAAAAAUUGCAGCUCUGGCAACACCCUCCAAGAACUAGUCUGAUUUAUUGCCGGCAAUGUGGACCGCGCAAUUGCAACAGUCAUAUAAGGACUGAAUGGCUAAUAGCAACAGGCCAGACACCCCUUAUUCCUGAAGCACCUCCCACACAACACUAAGAAAUAGUCGAAUGCCUUCUCCAGGUCCACAAAACACAUGUAGACUGGUUGGGCAAACUCCCAUGCACCCUCAAGUAUCCUUGAGAGGAUAAAGAACUGGUCCAGUUUUUCCACUUGGCCCGUUGGUACCAAUCAAUCAAAAAAAUUCAAUUCAAUUGGUAAUCAAUCCCAAUAGGACUCUUCUCCCCAGCAUCCUUUGGAAUGCUGUCAAAGUUCUGCUCAAGGUGGGAGUUGAAGAUGUGGCAUUCCCAGCACAACAUCACUAUAUAUUCAUGUGCCCCACAGAUCUCGUCCACCACCUGAUCCAACUCACCAGGUGGUGAUCAGCGCCUCUCUUCACCUGAGUGUCCAGAACAUAUAGCCAAAGAUGGUAAAUGGACUGGUUCUUAUAUAGUACUUUUCUACUCUUCUGAGCACUCAAAGCGCUUUACACAACUUGUAAAAGUUCUACCGCCUGAGCUACAGCCACCCUGAUGAUAGGAUUACAAAGUCGAUCAUCAACCUGCGGCCUAGGGUGUCCUGGUGCCACAGUCCGUCCUUAUGUUCGAACAUUGUGUUUGUUAUGGACAAAUUGUUAUUUGCACAGAAGUCAACACAACACUUAUUGUAGGGUCUACCUUGUAAUAUAAAACGCUUUGAGGUGACUGUUGUGAUUUGGCGCUGUAUAAAUAAAAUUGAAUUGAAUUGAAUUGAACACCGCUCAAGUUCAGAUCUGGCAGGCCAUUCCUCCCAAUCACGCCCCUCCAGGUCUCACUUUCGUUGCCCACAUGAGCAUUGCAGUCUCACAGUAGGACGACCCUCAAGCACCACACCCAGGUACUCCAAGAAGGCUGGGUACUCUAAGCUGUCAGUUUAUACAUGCACUGAAUACACUGUUUUCAUUUAGUGUUUUUGUUUUCUUUACCUGUGCUAUUUAUUUUGUGGUAUAUGAUCAUUUGGAAAACUGUAAAUAAGGCUAUAAUAAUUUGUUUGCAAAAUACAAAGAAAUUCAGUUAUGAAAAUAUUGAUAAAUCACAGAUUUUCCUGUAAAAAAUUUGUGCAUUUGCACUGUUUGUAACUGAGGCUCGGUGAUUCCAAACCAGUGAAUAAACCAAUAAAACCAUACCUUUUUAGCACACAGUGGAGCACAAUCCCAGAAUCCAGGGAUUGUGUUGGCAGCGAAUGAAACAAAAGGCAGCCAACAUCAAAAGAAAAGCUUUUGAUGUUGUUCUCAAAAGCUGUGCUUGAACAGCAACUUUUCCUAAAGACUUUGUUUUUGCCUUACUUGUAAACAAAAUAUAAAGAAGCUUGUGUGUGUGUGUGUGUGUGUGUGUGUGUGUGUGUGUGUGUGUGUGUGUGUGUGUGUGUGUGUGUGUGUGUGUGUGUGUGUGUGUGUGUGUUAACAGGUCUAAACUUUAACUUAAAAUUUCGUCCUAGAUUCAACAAUUUAAACCUUGGGCUUGUUUUUGCUACUAUAAUCUAUUACCAGGUUACCGGCAAUGUAAGUUCUGGAGUUAAUGACCCCCCUUUUUUUUUUUCAGUAAUGAUGGAAAUUUGGCAGUAUAAUAAAAUUGAGAACAGAGUGAGAGUUCUUCAGCUUAUGGCAUGCAUCUGCAUGACUGCAUGACAUCUAGGAUUUGUUUUCUUUAUGAGAGCAAAACAAACUUUUUGAAUGUUAUUUUUAUUGAAAAAUGGAAUGUACAAAAUUCCACAAGUGUAUUUUUUGUCAAUACAUGUCAGAGGUGUAACUGUCUAAAUCUGGUAGUUUUCUUUCUACCUCAGUAGUGUUAGAAUUAUGAUGCAAAGAAACCAUAGAGUUCUCCCUGAUAACUAGACUUUAAUGUUUUAGAACCUGUUUCAUUUUGUAUCUGUUCAAUUAUAUAAACUGUGUUUCAGUGUGAGGCUAGCAUACUGAAGAUGUGUACACAUUAUCUGCAGUAUUGUCAAGCGUGCUAUAUAAGUGAAGUACAAAUGUUUUUUUGUUCUUUUUUACAACGCUUUCCAAAAUGAGUCUUUCCAAUACGAAUUCAAAAUGAUGUUUAAGAAAUGUAUAUGAAAAUGACUAUUGUAACAAUGAGCAUCAUCAUAACUAAAUGAUGAUAUAGUACAAAGUGUUCAGUACUUG